UGUCCCCUAGGUCCAUCAUCACAACAUUUUUUAUUUCUAAAAUUAUCUCUUAGUUAAAGCCAUAUUUUUCCAAGAAGAAGAAGGAGAAGAAAUGGAAGGGGAGAUCCACAAUUUCAUAGUGGUAUGGACUAUUGUUUUAAUAAGUUUAUGUUAUUCUCACACAAUUGUCAAAUUCUUUCCAAAUGGCAAAUCAAGAUUUGUGGCCAUAAUUCCAAUUGUUUGUCUAUUUUUCAUUCUUCCUCUUUAUCUUACCUCUAUCAAUCUUGGUGGCACUACUUCUUUCUUCAUUGCAUGGCUAGCCAAUUUUAAGAUUCUUCUUUUUGCCUUUGGUAAAGGACCCUUGUCAUCAAUCCCACCUCUACCACUUUCAACAUUCAUUCCCUUAGCUUGUUUGCCUAUAAAAUAUCAAAAAUAUUCACCUAGUGAUAAUGUUGAGACCACAAAUUCAACUCUCAAUCUUGUUACCAAGAUUACACUUCUAGCCAUUUUGAUUAGGGUGUAUAAUUAUAAAGACAAUUUACAUCCAAAACUCCUCCUCUUUUGUUAUUGCCUCCACAUUUACUUUUUCCUAGAAAUCUUAUUAACCAUGGUUAGUACUAUGGUUCGAGUUGCAAGCCGAGUUGAACUCGAACCACCUUUUGAUGAGCCUUACAAGACUAGCUCAUUUCAGGAUUUCUGGGGCAAGAGAUGGAACCUCAUGGUAACCAAUAUACUUCGUCCAACUGUUUACGACCCUGUUCGGUCGUUGAUGUUGGACCGAAUCCCGAGGAAGUGGGCCCCACUUCCCGCGGUGCUCGCGACGUUUUUCGUCUCCGGGAUAAUGCAUGAGCUGAUUUUUUACUACAUUUCAAGAGAGAAGCCUAGUUGGGAAGUCACAUGUUUUUUUAUUAUUCAUGGUGUAGCUUUAAGUAUUGAAAUUAUGGUCAAGAAAUUGUUAAAUGACAAAUUUUUGGUCUCUAGGUUUGUUUCAGGUCCAUUAGCAUUAGGAUUUAUAAUUUUGACAAGUUUUUGGUUGUUUUUUCCACCAUUAUUGAGGGGUAAGCCAGAUGUUAAAGGAUGUAAUGAAUCUAUUGCUUUUUUAGAAUUUGUUAGGUAUGGUAAACUAGUUAGUCCUUACAAUAUCACUUGUCCAUUCAUGUAACACUGGUUAUAAAUUGUUCAGGUUGAAAUAGAGCAACCUCAAA